AUGAUGUCUACACCUUUUCCGUCAACAGCAGCCUAUGAUGUAUGGCCUCGAGCUACCGAUGCACCGUCAGGAUCAGUGCCUUUUGGUGGUGGUUCAACAGGUUUACCAUACAAUACAACAGCGGCAUUUGGUAAUCGAGCUCCACCUAUUCCACAAUCACCUUCUACACCUUUUCCUUCAACCCAACCAUUGGGUCGAGGUACUGGUGUUCCAACGAAUAUGUAUGCUGGAACUACUACUUCACCGAUCAAUCCAACGGCAGCCAAUGUAGCACAAAAUCAAGCACAAAAUGCUCAAUUUGAAGCUUAUCGACGACGAUUAGCGCAACUUGAAAAUGAAAACGAAGAACGAAGAAAUGCUACAAUAAAUCUUACACAAAUGGGUACACAUUUACUGCAAGGUCAAAUGGGUGUACAAGAGCAAAUUUUACAAUAUCAAUUUAUGUUAGAACAAUGUAUGGAAACUCUUGAUCAUCAAAAUUAUGUUUUAAAUGAACAAAGUGAAGAAUUAUUAUUACUUCGAGCUAAAAUGAAACAUUUUGAAUAUCUUGUGGAUGCAUUUAAACUUAGUAAAGAAGGUAAUAAUCUUCUACGAAGUGGAGCUGGAGAUAUGUGUUGCUUCGAUACGAAUCUAUUGUGUUGUCGAGAUCCCUGUUCAUUACCACCUCCAUCAACUUCUCCAUUUUUUGCUGGUGGUGCAACUCGUGUAACAGCAUCAACAUUUCAACCUUUUAAUCCUCGAUAUCGAUCACCAAAUACUCGUGCAGCAGUAGCUUCAAAUUUAAGUGGUCGUCGAAGUGCAACACCAUCAGCUAUUAAUCGUAAUUUUCCUAGUUCAGAUCAACGACCUUCACGUCGUCUCGGUAAUUUCAAUUAA